ACCUGCUUGAGCGGACUCGAUAUGUUUCUUCUGAUAAUGAUUCCUUCAUAGUUCUAAACCAAAACAAUUGAAAUUUGGUGCUGAGGUACAUUCGAUUUAUGAGAGAAUUUUUUGGUUGUGAAAUUGAUUACUGUUUUGGUAUAGAAUAUUUUGCAUGACUUAAGCUAUAAUCAGAAGAGCGUAAGUUGUUCUGCAAAUAAUGUUUACUCUGAAAAUUCUAUGGUGGCAGAUUAAUUGAUUGCAUAAACCCAAGACUUUUUGAAAUGGCAAGCAAAUCUCGUCCACGACCGAAAAGACAACCAAAUCAACUUGCUAAUAAAGAAAAGAAGAGAAAAAACAUUUAUUUUCUUCAUAUUGGAGAAGGCUAUGGGUUGUUAUGGGAUGGAAGUAGAAGACAUUGAACAAGUGCUUGGUCUUUUCGACAUUCCUGAUUUGGAUCUAGCAGAUAAUGUUGAUGAUGAUAGUGAUAUUGAUGAAAGUGCACUCGAAUCAGAACUAGAAGCAUUGUUGAGUGGAAAAGCUCCUGCCAGGCCUAACAGACCAAAGCCCAAAGUUGCACCAGUUGUUGACAUUGAAAAAUUAGCUGAAGCAUGUUUGAAAGAUGAUGAAGAUGAAGAGGAUGAUGGGAAUCUAUCUGGAGAUGAGGAUCUUUUGAGUGAAUUGCAAAAUAUCACUGCGGAUUCCCCUACUGAAAUAAAUGAACCUCCACAAAAUGAUGAAAGAAGUGAACCGCCUGAACCGCCAAAAAGAAGAUCUUCAAAUUCAUGUACAGAAUCAAACACUGGAAGCUCAGUGUUUAUGUUGCAAGAGAGAUUGGCCAUGUAUAAUGAAGCUGUGAACGCUGCCAAGUUGAUUGGAGAUUCUUCGAAAAUUAGGCGAUAUGGAAGAGCAGUAAAGACAUUGGAAGGUUUGAUAAAAUCCGCAAAGUCUGGUGCAGUUAUUAAUGAAGAGGAUAUUCCUCCUGUUGUUAAAAUACCAAAAAUUGAUACCGAAAGUACAGCAAAUUCUAACAUACCUGUGGCUGGUGUGAAUAAUUCUGGGCCAAAUGUCACUCCUGCUGCUGGUCUGAGUAAUUCUGCCUCCUCAAAUGGAACUCAACACAGUGCAAAAGCCAUUAGCAACAAUUCAGAAGAGCCUCAAUUGUUAUCUUCUGAAGCACUUCCUACAAAAUCACAGUUGAUUGCCAGACGUGAUCAGUAUAAAGUAGCAGCAGUACAAGCUAAAAGGAGUGGAAAUAAAGAUUUAGCUUUAAGCUACUUAAGAACUGUUAAAACAUUUGAUGCUGUUAUUGAAGCAAUGAAUAAUAAUUUACCGGUUGAUUUAUCAAACGUGCCUCCUCCACCUCCAGCAAUGGCAAUUAUGACUCCUAAAGUUAGUUCUGAAAGAGUGAUUCAUGAUGAAGUUCAAACUUCAUCAGACAUGGAAAAAGCUGCUUUGGCUGCUGCAAAUGAUGCUGAUGAGCCUGAAAUUUUUGCUGCACCUCCUCCACCUUCUUCAGUUCUUGAAGCUCUUCAACAACGACUGGAAAAGUACACAGCUACUAAGCAAGCUGCAGAAGCAGAAAACAAUAGUGGGAAAGUGAGACGUCUGCAAAGAAUAAUUAAACAAUAUGAAACUGCUAUCAAAGAUUACAAAGCUGGAAAAAAUAUAGAUUUCGAAGAGCUUCCAACUCCACCUGGAUUUGCUCCUAUUCCUGUUCCUAGUACAAAACCGUCUGUGAUAAAACCUGUUGGGGAAAGUGCAGGAAAAUCUCCUAAAGAACAGAAUAAAACUAGCAACAAUCUUAAUAAAAGUCCUAACCAGUCUAAUGUGAAUACAAAUAAUCCUGCUGUGAAAAAACCUAAAGUUCAAAGAACAAAUACAUCAACUGUUGGAGAUAAACAACUGGACUAUUUAUUAGAAAGACAAAAGCUAUUUCGUCAGGCAGCUUUAACAGCUAAACAGAAUGGAGAUAUUCAGCAGGCUAAAGAAUAUUUACGCAUGGCGAAGGGAUUUGACUCCAUGAUAGAGGCCACUAAAUGUGGAUUGCCAAUUGAUGCUACUACAAUCCCAACACCACCUCAAUUGGAGUCAUCAGACUUUGUCAUUGUUGAUGUUUCGGAAUGCACACCAAAUGAGAACUGUAGUCAAGAAGAACUGCAUGAGAAUUUAGAAAAGGAUUUACGCCACCAAAUUGAAAUGUGCACUAGAAAUAAAGAACAUUUCCUUCGUCUUGGAGAUGUAUCCUCUGCCUCAAAGUUUGAGAAGCUAUGUUUGGAAUCUAAGAAAGAUCUCUCAGUAAUUCAACACUUGAAAAAGAAAGGAGAACCAGUUCCUAGAUUUCACUAUGAAACACGUUUGUUUUCUAUGGUUCAAUGCCAUGCAGAUUUAGGAGAUAAUGACUUAGAAGUUACUGUUGAAAGAGGUAUUAAUUUACCAGGCAAACCAGAUGAUUUGGAUUCAUAUGUAAGACUGGAAUUUCCAAUUCCACAAGAAUCACCUCAACGAGCAAAGACGCAUACCGUCCGAGAUACAAACAAUCCAAUUUUUCAAGAAGAAUUUAAAUUUGAGUUCAAUAGAAAGUCUCGUUCACAACUUCGCCAAUUUAAAAGACAAGCUUUGAAGCUUGAAGUCUGGUCUAAAGGUGGAUUUUUAAGAAGUGAUACUCUUUUGGGUACUGUCAGUGUCAAGCUAGCUGAUUUAGAAUCGAAAUGCACUGUUCAUGAUAGUUUUAAUCUUAUGGAUGGUCGCAAGUCUGUUGGUGGUAAACUGGAGGUUAAAUUACGUGUGAGAGAUCCAUUACUGGUAAAGCAAGUUGAAGAAGUUCGUGAAAAAUGGUUAGUAAUUGGAAGCUGACCUUCCUGGACUAAGACAUUGUAGAUAAAUUAUUUGAGAAGUAUAGCUUUAAAGGGCCUUAAAAAGAAUUUCUAAGAUAUUUUAUUUUGCCAAGUAUUAAUUGUAUAGACAAAUUUUUUUAAAUCAAAUGUAUAAUUUAAUUAUGGAAAUAUAGAUUUUGCUUGCUUUCAGUGAAUUAAAAAUAUCCAAAAGACUGGAUAAUGUGCUCUUGUAUCAUACAUCUUGAUUUUUAAAAUAAAAUAAUGCAUUGA